AUGCUCCUCUUCCCCAUCCUCCGCUUCCUCGCACUCGCAGCCACGGCGGCCGCCGAGCUCCGCGUCGUCCCCGAGCCCACAUCCCACUCGGAGGGCAACACCACGCUCUGCCUGCACCCCUCCUUCAAGAUCAAGAUUGAGGGCGGUUCGGCCGCCGACCUCUCCCAAGCCGCCAAGACCGUGCAGGACCGCCUGACUAGCGCGCCGCUCUACCUCUCUCCGACUCAUGGAUCCGAGUUCUCUUGUGGCGGCGAGCUCCGCUCCCUCGUCCUCCGCUUCACUGGGCCGGCGAAGCCCAUCGCGGUCCACGCGCAGGAACGUCUCGAGAAGCGCAUCGAGAACGAGGCAUACACCCUCUCCAUGCCAGUUAACGGCCCUGCUGUGAUUACGGCACAGACCAGUAUCGGACUCUACCGCGGCCUCACUACUUUCGAGAACCUCCUGUACUCGUCUCUUCCGGGUCCCAACAACGGCGACAACGGCCACCAUGGCAAUGGCCACAAGGACAAGCGCGGUAAACCCAAGAAGCAGGUAUAUGCGCCGUUUGCACCUUAUGAGAUCAAGGACCGCCCUGCUUUCGGGUGGCGCGCGGUGCUUCUCGACUCGAGCCGGCACUAUUUGCCCCUUGAUGUGAUCAGGCGUCAGAUCGAUGCUAUGGCGGCCGUCAAGAUCAACGUCUUCCACUGGCACAUUGUCGACUCGCAGUCGUUCCCUCUCAAGUUCAGCGGCGAGCUCGGCGCCCUGGCCGACAACGCUGCUUACUCCCCCGCCAAGAUCUACACCGAGGACGACGUGCGCCGCAUUGUCGACUACGCCGGUGCCCGCGGCAUCGACGUCGUGAUCGAGAUCGACACGCCUGGCCACACCGCCGCUGUGUACAACACUUUCCCAGAGCUGAUUGCUGGCUUCGUGCGCCACCCAUGGAGUGUCUGGGCCAACGAGCCGCCUAGUGGGCAGCUGCGUUUCGCGGACCCCGCCACGAUCAGCUUCACCCGCAAGAUGUUCAAGCAGACUCUUGGCCUGCUCAAGUCGCCCUACUUUGGAACUGGAGGUGACGAGAUCAACGCCGUGUGCGUGAGCAAUGACACGCAGACGGCGGACAUCUACGCCGCCAACGGAUGGUCAUUCAACUUUACCACAAAGGAAGAGAGUGACGCGACCCUCAGUGCCGCCCUCCGCCCAUUCACGGAACAGACGCACGAGGUCAUCCGCGAGAUUGGGCGCACUCCAGUGGUGUGGGACGAGAUGGCGAUCGAGUUCGACAGUGGUAUCGGUAACGACACGCUCAUCCAGGCGUGGCGUGGUCCCGAGUCCACGGCCGGCGUGAUCAACAAGGGUUUCCGCGUCAUCAUGGCCGACUACAACUACUUCUACCUCGACUGCGGCCAGGGCGGCUGGGUGACUGGUGACCCCGAGAAGGCCAAGACGGGCAACAUCAACUCGUGGUGCGACCCGUACAAGACGUGGAUGAAGGCGCUGUCGUACGACCCGUACCUGAACCUGACCAGCGACGCGCAGAAGGAACUCGUGGUUGGCGGCCAGGCGUCGCUGUGGGCCGAGCAGACGGAUGCCAACAACAUCGAGGCACAGCUUUGGCCGCGUGCCGCUGCUUUCGCCGAGGUGUUCUGGUCUGGCGGAGGCGAGAAGGGAUUCCCGCGGGACCCGGUCACCGCUGCCGGUCGCAUGCACGAUGUGCGCUACCGCCUCGACGCACGCGGGAUUCGCGCGGUGCCCAUCCAGCCCGAGUGGUGUGCCAUGCGCCCUGGAGAGUGUCUCCUUGAGUAA